AUGCUCGCGGGUAUUCGCGCUCAUCAAAAAUGUCUACGUUCGAUCCCCACAACUCACCUUUUGAGGCAGAUAUAUACAUCUCGUAAUAUCUCAGGCUCUGCGUUACACCCAGUCAUCCGGACUUUUGCCGCCUCACUGGCACAGACCCAGCCAUGUUUUCGCGUUUCUGCCAGCCAGAUCCGUCUGAUAUCUCAGCCCCCUCAUUUCUAUGAGACAUUGCUGGACAUGAUACGUCGCGCCCGAAGACGUAUAUUUAUUUCAUCACUCUACAUCGGAUCCUCAGAAACUGAGCUAAUAGAAGCCAUCCAUUCCUCUCUGGCAAGAACUCCGAACCUUCAUGUCUAUCUGCAAUUGGAUCUAAAUCGCUCUACGCGCCCUGGGCCUUCGUCCACUACACUCUUGCUCCUCCCGCUUCUUAGAGACUUUCCAGAGAGGGUUCAUGUGUCCCUCUUUCGCAGUCCAAAGCUUAAGGGCCUGAUGGCUCGGUUAGUUCCACCAAGAUUCAACGAAGGUUGGGGCACUUGGCAUGCCAAAAUAUACGGCGCGGACGACGAUGUUAUAAUCAGUGGUGCAAAUUUGAGCAAAUCGUAUUUCACUGACCGCCAAGAUCGAUACAUGCAUUUCUCCUCAACACCUAGUCUUGCGGAAUACUGUCUAUCAUACUUAAAAACGGCCUCUGCAUUUUCGUACUGCCUUGAUGCACCCAUACCUUCUCAUUCUUCAAAUGUCACACCAGAGGUGAUCUGGCCAAACACGUCGAUUCAUCCUCAUCAUAUAGAACGGGCAGCGCACACGGCAUUCUCCGACUUGCAAAAAUCCCAGCGACAAGGGGCAACGUCUUCGAUAGACAACAGGGAGGAUGAUGAGGUGCUCAUCUUUCCGAUCAUACAGGCAGGGCAGUUUGGUGUCCGUGAGGAGGAGCGCUGUCUACAUACACUUUUCGAGCACCUUUCUGCCGAGACAAAUCCCAAAGAAACAGAUGCUCGACCACUCAUGGAUAUUACAAGUGGUUAUUUUGGGUUGUACAAGCCGUAUCAGGAUCUCGUCCUCAAUGCACCCAUUAAUACGCGUAUCAUUUGCGCUAGUCCGAAGGCAAAUGGGUUUUAUGGCUCUCAAGGAGUCUCAGGUCGAAUCCCGGAGGGAUACACUCUGCUAGAGCAGCGAUUUAUGAAGGCGGUGCGGUCAACACGUCGCGCUAUCGCAGACCAUGGCGAGGACUCCAAUGUAGAGCUGAAUGAAUGGCAGAGAGACGGUUGGACAUAUCAUGCGAAGGGCAUCUGGCUCUCCCCUAGUACCAACUCGGCGCCGGUCCUCACCCUCAUUGGUUCAACAAAUCUGAACUCUCGGUCCUCGCACCUUGACACGGAACUUUCCUUCAUGAUGUUGACUUCGUCACCAGCGUUGCGGCAAAGUCUGCAAGAGGAGGUGACAGAAUUGAGGGCUCAUUCUGGGCCAUGGAAGGGGGAUCAAAGGGAAGUUCGGUGGGGGACUAAGGCAAUAGUGGGUGUCGUCGGUGGGAUGCUCUGA